UCCCCUCGAGAGCCUCGAUUUUCGCCUCCGCUUUUCCCCCCUUCCCUCCUCGCCCUUCUGUUUUUCUCCUUCGGGGUUGUGUGGCGCCGCAGCAUCUUCCAAGCUGGAGCACCAUGGAGCUGGAGAACAUUGUAGCCAAUACAGUUUUACUGAAAGCCAGAGAAGGAGGUGGAGGGAAACGGAAAGGAAGGAGCAAGAAAUGGAGAGAGAUCCUCAAGUUCCCACACAUCAGCCAAUGUGAUGAGCUCCGGAAAGGGUUGGAACGAGAUUACAACAGUUUGUGUGACAAGCAACCCAUCGGCCGACUGCUAUUUCGACAGUUUUGUGAGACCCAGAUGGAACUCCUACGAUGUAUCCACUUCCUGGAUGCUGUGGCAGAAUAUGAGCUUUCUCCAGAUGAGAAACGCAAGGAAAUGGGAGAAGAAGUCAUUCAGCAGUUUUUCAACAAGGAGUCCCUGGGCUAUAUGGCAGAGAUUUGUGAACUUCUUAUGAACCAGUGCAUAGAAGACGUACAGAGAAUCCCUUGCAAGGAGCUCUUUGGCUGCUGUGUACAGCGGCUGCAUGAAUACCUGGCUGGUGCCCCUUUUGCAAAUUACCAGGACAGCAUGUAUUUUGACAGAUUCCUCCAGUGGAAAUACCUGGAGAGGCAAUCCGUGACCAAAGACACCUUCAGGCAAUACCGGAUCCUAGGCAAAGGCGGCUUUGGAGAGGUUUGUGCAUGCCAGGUACGUGCUACAGGGAAGAUGUACGCUUGCAAAAAGCUGGAGAAGAAGCGCAUCAAGAAGCGGAAAGGGGAAGCGAUGGCUCUGAACGAGAAGCAGAUCUUGGAGAAGGUCAAUAGCCGAUUUGUGGUCAGUUUAGCUUAUGCAUAUGAAACCAAGGAUGCUCUGUGCCUGGUCCUCACAAUCAUGAAUGGAGGUGACCUGAAGUUUCACAUCUACAACAUGGGCAACUCGGGUUUUGACAAUGAGCGGGUCAUCUUCUACGCUGCAGAGAUUUGCUGUGGCCUUGAACAUUUGCACCGGGAGGGCAUUGUAUACAGGGACUUAAAGCCCGAGAACAUUCUCCUGGAUGAUGAUGGGCACAUUCGGAUCUCAGAUCUGGGGCUGGCCAUCAAGAUCCCCGAAGGUGACACCAUCCGUGGCCGUGUAGGAACUGUGGGCUAUAUGGCUCCUGAAGUAAUUAACAAUGAGCGCUACUCCUUCAGCCCAGACUGGUGGGGGCUUGGCUGCCUCAUCUAUGAGAUGAUCGAGGGCCAGUCACCAUUCCGGGCCCGCAAGGAACGAGUGAAGAGGGAAGAGGUAGAAAAGAGGGUUCAGGAGGACCACGAAAAGUAUUCAGACAAGUUCUCUGAAGAUGCCCAAGCUAUCUGCAAGUUGCUCCUAACUAAAGACCCUAAGCAGCGGCUUGGAAACAAAAGUGAGGGGGCUGUCCAGGUGAAGCAGCACCCAUUCUUCAGGACAAUCAAUUUCAAGCGACUGGAAGCUGGGAUUUUGAAGCCCUCAUUUGUGCCAGAUCCUCGGGCUGUGUAUUGUAAGGACGUACUGGACAUUGAACAAUUCUCCACUGUGAAGGGUGUCAACUUAGACCAAACCGACAAUGAUUUCUAUGUCAAAUUUGCCACAGGCUGUGUCUCAAUCCCCUGGCAGAACGAGAUGAUCGAGACAGAAUGCUUUAAGGAUCUCAACAUCUUUGGACCAAAUGGCACCCGAUCCCCGGAUCUGGACUGGAAGCAGCUUCCUGACCCACCCAAGCGUACCCUCUUGCAGAGGCUCUUCCGGCGUAACCCAAGUGACUUCACCAUCAGCACCAACGUACAUUCCAACCUGUCGGCAGCCCCCUCACCAGCUUGGCCCAUGGCACAGGCUCCCUCCUGACCUCUGGAACUAGCACUCAUCCUUUGCCUUCUCAGGGUUGCCUUAGGCUGAUAUAUGGAAGUUCCUGUCUUGGGCGAGGCUCUGUUACUGCUGGGAGCCAAAGGAACACAGCCUUCCAAUUGGCAGGGCAGCAAUGGUCCAGAAGACCUUUGCCACCUUCUGGUGCUGAUGUAGAUUGGGGGCAUGGAGACUCUUCUUAUCCAGAACCUUGGCUGCUGCUUGUUGACAGGGUCUUCCUUCAUCUUUGACUGAAGAGGGAGUAUCCAUGGCUCUCCCCCAUUUUCUUUGUCUCAUCACCUCCUGACCCAACUUUCAUGGGAGAUCAACUGGGGAGAUGUACCUGAGAAGGAAGGAUUUUAAAACAGAAAGAACUACCAAUGACACCUGGAGAUGGCAGAGAUGAGGGCUGGAGUCUUAAACUAGAGAGAAAAAGAGAAUGCACAGCUUGGACAAAAUUGCAAUGGGGAUGAUAAAGACUCCCCCCCCCCUCUUGCAUUGGCAUUUCCAGAGACUGGUGGAUACGUGUGUGUUGGUUUGUGUGUGGAUGUGUAUUGAAAGUUUAGCUCCUUGGAGUUCGUUCAGGGUUUUUCCAGGGAUCUCUCCCACCCACACCAUCAAUUCUACAGCCUGGGUCCAUUGCAAAGCCAGAAUACGGAAGACAAAGUUGAAGAGCAAUUAGUUGUCUUUUAGGACAUCAUUUCUUGGCUGGUCAUCCUCCAGCUCUGCUGGACUGUCCAGCCUCUCUAAUCCCUAAACAAUACAGCCUUUAGACCUGACUGUUGGGCGGGGUCAACUGGAAUCCAGGACACGUGGAAAUCCUCAGAUACAGAACGCUGCUUUACAGGCACUCAACAGGAAAAGACAGAGAGGUGAGAUGGAUGACACCUCAGUCUGCAUAAAGGCUUCAGUAUUCCCAAACCCUGGCUUUAACCUCAACCUGCAGUGUUGAAGAUAUAUAUUUUUUAAUCCUACAUAUUUUAAUUUUUAUUACAAUUGUUUCUGUAGGCCUGCCUACUCAUUUAUUUUAUUUCAUUUCCUUUCUGUCUCGGCAUUUCCCCCAUUCUCACAUGACCUUUCCUUUUUCUCUCUAUGCCAACCAGCCUAGUUGGUUCCUGUUGUAUGCAGGGUCUACCCUGAUUGUGAUCAUAUGCUCCAGUACGAUGGAACCUGGGGCUUCGCUUGUUUGCGGGCCUGGUUUCCGGCAUGCCACCAACCAGUGUGGGUCCAUGGACCGAGGGUUGGGGACGCCUACCCUAAUGUACUUCAUUUUAGGGGGAAAAAGGAUCAUUUUGUUGCUGCUAUUACUAAAUAAUUGGAAAUCCCUGUUGCUUCUUUUCUUUGAAAGUGAUAGCAAUGAUGAUGCGGAGAGAAAUGCACGAGGAGAGCAUUUCUCUCUAAGUAAGAGAAGGGCGGAGAGGGC